AUGUCUCAUCAUGAUUCCAGCUGCCCCUCAUGCGGCAAAAUCUUCAAAGACCACACUUCCGUUGCUUGUCAUAUGAGCCAGCCUCGGUCCGGAUGCAACACGUGGUUAGAGGAUAUGAUCAACACCAUUUCACCCAGUGAAGAUCAUAACAUGGACUCUGCGGACGACAAGGACUUUGCUGGACUUCCUCGUGAUGUUUCUUACGACCCGGGACUUGGAGGCGAGGAAGAUUUUCAUUAUUUCGGUGGAGGAGGAGAGGACAUCCCUGAUGGAAAUGAAGUGCACGCCGGUGAAGUAAUCGACUACUUUCCAGAGCCUCCUCUGGCCUAUGAGGACGGCUACACAUUUCUGGGGCUGUUUGAUGCAGAUGAAAACAGCGUAUAUCGGAAAACGAACCUCUAUUAUCCAUUUAGCAGUCGACGAGAUUGGCAACUUGCAGCAUGGGGAAGAUCGACUCUUUUCUAUCACUUGAAAUGGUCAAUCAAGGAUUUACCCUUGUCAUUCCGCUCCGCCAGAGAACUACGCGGUCGAGCUGAGAUGCUGCCCAGUGGUCCGCGCUGGAAGUCUCAAGUUAUCAAUACAUCGCAUCCUACAAAGUCACCAGUAAUUCUGUACUGGCGUGACCCUAUUGAAUGUAUCGCCAGCAUCUUUAAUCACCCACUAUUUCACCGUCAUAUGGAUCUCACGCCUUGCAAGAUUUACUCUACUGCAGAGAGACUAUGUCGUGUAUACACCGGAUGGAUGUCAGGAAACCAUGCAUGGGAUAUGCAGUCAGCGAUACCCAAGGGUGCAACCCUCCUUGGCACCAUUCUCUCCUCUGACAAGACGAACAUCACUGCAUUAACGGGGGAUCGCGUAGCUCAUCCGCUCCUAAUUAGCCUCUCCAACAUCCAUAUGAAUGUACACUUAAAAUCCUCAACCAACUCUUUCGUUCUCGCUGCCCUGUUACCAGUCCCCAAGUUCAUUCACAAGAAAAAGCGAAUGAAGGGCGUGUUGGAGGAUCGCCUUAUACAUCAAUGCCUCAAUAUCGUUCUUGAGCCGCUCAAGCAAGCCGCUUGA